CAUUUACUCACUUUAACGCGGAUUUGAAACAUGUUAAAAAUUAUAUUAUCUAGUUUUCUGCAAUAAAUGAUGAAGUGGAGUUGAAAGGUUCUAGCCUUGCAAACCUUUGGAUUUUGGUGCGGAAGAAAAAGUCCCAUGGUUCAAGUUUUCCAAACCUGAAGAAAAUAGAAAAAGAUUCCCAUUCUAUCUUUUUUGAAAAAAAGUAAUCCACACCGCAAAAAACCGCGUGAGCUGGGUACGAGAAGAAAAAGUCCCAUGGUUCAAGUUAUCCACAUGGCCAAAAACCGCGUGAGCUGGGUGCGAGGCAGCACUAGUGAUUUUUCUCAAGGAGAGAAACAAGUUAUCAAGAUUUCCAUUCUAUCUUUUCUGACAAAAAGUAAUCAAGGUUUUUUAUUUCUUCAGCUUUUACCAGAAUUUUCUUCAUCUUUUGCAUCCCUUAGUGGCCACCCAAAAAAAAAAAGGAAAAAAAAAAAAAAAAAGAAAACGGAAAUUGAUCUUCUGCUCUUUACUUGUUAGCAUUGUAGUAAGGAUUUUCUAAGUUUGUUGCAUCAGUAAGUUUUCUGAAUAUAUAUAUAUAGAAUAAUUGAUCUUUUGUUCUUUAUUUGUUAACUUGUACUGGGAUUUUCUUCGUUUGUUGCAUAAGUCUCCAGAAAUUAAAAAAAAAAAAUAUAUAUAUAUAUAUAUAUAUAUAAAGGAAAAAGAGAAAUGGAUAUUUGUAGUUCGGUUUUUGCAAAAACAACAGUGGACACCGUGAAAGCAAGUUGCCAACAGCUUAAUUAUGUGACUCGCUAUAAGAGAGAAGUUGAGCAUCUAACCAAGCAAGUUGAGAGGCUUCGUGACAAAAGAGACAGCGUGAGACGAGCGGCGGAGGCAGCAAGGAGGAAUUUAGAGCCCAUUGCUCCUGAAGUUGAGAGAUGGUUGCGGGAUGUGGAUGAGACCAUUCAGGAAACAGAAACCUGCUUUGGAAAUGAAAGAUUAGCAGAGGCAAAUAGGUGCCUUAGAGGGUGGUGUCCAAAUUUAAAGUCACGCUAUUCCUUGGGUAAGAAAGCUAAGAAAAUGACAGUGAACGUUGAUAAGCUACUUGAAGAGGGGACUUUCCAGAAGGUAUCCUACCCUCCUCGUCCCCCAGGGGUAUCACCUUUUUCCGAUCGGGCAGCUGAGAGUGAAUUCCUUAUUGAAGAUGUAAAAUCCAACCCUGCUCUUCACUCGAAUAUGAUAUUCCAUUCUACUCAGGCUGUAAGCGAGCUGGAAAUGGGUAGCACUUCCUCUGCAACAUGUUACCCUGCUCGUCCAUUAGUACCCAUGGGACUUUCUGAAGGUUUUGAAUAUAAAUUACCAUUCACAAAAGAGGUCUUAGAGGCUCUUGAAGAUGAGAGGGUCAAAAUCAUUGGCAUUUCCGGGCUUGUCGGAGGGGAAGAGGCUGUGACUCUGAAGGAAUUCAAGCGAAGAGUGGACCAUCUAUUUGAAGAUGUUGCUACGGCAGUUGUAUCUCCAAAUCCAAACUUGGAAUGUAUACAAGGUGAAAUUGCGAAUUUGCUAGGACUGGAUAUGGAAAAUAAGAAUUUGAUAGAGCGAGCGAAGCUGCUGAGUGAUAGAAUGACCAAGGCUUCUAAGAGGUUCCUUAUAAUAUUGGUUGACAUUUGGCAAACAUUCAAUUUGGAGGCAGUAGGAAUUUCACAUGUUGGGGUCGGCAAUGGUUGCAAGAUUAUAUUAAUGUCACGAAACCCAAAUACGUUCAGGGAGAUAAGAAAGCAAAGAAGUUUCAAAUUGAUAUCGGUUUCAACAUCCAAUAUUGGAGGGCCCAUUCUUGAUUUUGAAUCAAGAAAUUCAAUAGUUAGACAAGUCAUGGACGAUUUAAAGGAUGAUCGGAUCAAUCCGAUUUUAAUAUGUGGGUUGGGCGGUGUAGGAAAGACAACAAUGGUGACACAGAUUCGCGAUAAAGCAAAAGAACAGGGUCUAUUUGAUGAGAUUGUGAUGGUGGAUGUUACCCGAGAUGCGAACAUAAAGGACAUUCAAAGUGACAUGGCAGACUAUCUUGGUUUAGAUAUAUAUAAUUUAUCGAGUUCAACUGCAAGAGCACAAAAGCUAUAUGAAAGAUUAUCUGUUCCUAAAAGGGUUCUUGUGGUAUUAGACAAUGUUUGGACCAGACUAGAUUUGAAGGAAGUUGGAAUUCCAUCUCCCAGGCACCAAACGGGCUGCAAACUUUUGGUAGCGUCCCGAAACCAAGAUAUCUUCAAUGAGAUUAAGACAAAAAAGAGACUCGAAAUUGCUGGUUUGCUAGAAUCAGAAGCCUGGAGUUUGUUCAAGGAGGCGGCAGGCAGUUCCAUUGAAUCUCCUCACUUGCGCCCAAUAGCUGAACAAGUCCUGGGUGAAUGUGGUGGCUUGCCAAUUGCUAUCUCAACCGUCGGUAGGGCCCUACAGUAUAAAAGCAAAGAAAUAUGGAGCAAUGCACUUACAGAACUAAGAAAGGCCAAUCCAGAUCACAUUUCAGGAAUGGAAAAGGAUGUAUAUGGUAAAAUUAAGCUCAGUUACGAUUCUUUAGAGAGCAAAGAAGCCAAGUUAUGUUUUUUGCUUUGUUGCCUAUAUCCGGAAAGCAGUAAUAUAGCCAUUGAAGAUUUUCUGCGACACAGGCUUGGGCUUGGGCUAUUCAAAGACUUUGAUUUAAUCGUGGAGGGAAGGAACAGUGUACUAGCGUCAAUUGACAUACUCAAAACUUGUUACUUAUUAUUAGAUAGCGACAAGGAAGGGUGUGUUAAAAUGCAUGACGUGGUACGUGAUGCCGGAUUAUUUAUAGCUUCUAAUAAUGAAAAUGGAUUUGUUGUUAGACAGAGGUUGAAACAAGAGGAUUGGCCCGAGAGUGGUUUGGAAUAUGAAUACACUUCCACUGUACUAAUGAAAGGUGCACAAACUGAGCUUUUGUUGGUUUCAGGCACUGAUUUUAAUACUACGGAACUACUGGGGACUAUGUUUGAUGGAAUGGAAGGACUCAAGGUGUUAGACUUGAAGAUGACACAUUUGGGGAGGUCAAUAUUGUCAUCACUUCCACAGAUGAAACAUCUACAAACACUGUGUCUAGAGCAUUGCGAAAUUUCAAAUAUAUCAAUGAUUGGACAAAUGCAGACACUAAUGAUACUGAGCUUGCGUGGGUCCACAAUCUAUGAAAGUCAAUUUUCGAGGGAAUUACCAAGUGAGAUUGGAAAUUUGUCCAAUCUAAGGUCGCUAAAUUUGACGGGAUGCUGUCUCUAUAAAAUUGGACAGGGUGUCCUAUCGAGGCUAGUAAAGCUAGAAGAACUGUACAUGAUGGGUAACUUCGAACGGAUACUUCUCUAUCAGAAACAGCGAUAUGCUGACUUCGAACGUGAAGUACAAGAAUACUUGAUGUGCUUUUCAGAGCUUGUUUUCUUGAAAAAUUUGACAACCUUAGAAGCUUUUUUUCCUCCAAGUCUAGAGAUUUUACAAUAUACCAUAUUUUUUGAAAAGCUUGACCGAUUUUACUUUACGCAAGAAGCAAGUGAAGAAGAGUAUUGGAGUGAUGGAAAUUAUUAUAGUGGGAAUACCUUAGUACUUAAUGGUAGAAACGAUGUUGUCGCUGGCAAUGGAGUUAAUGUGUUGUUAAAGAAAGCUAGAAUUGUAUACUUAGAAGAGGUAAGAUUUGGGGACUUAAAUGAGAUAUGGUUUGUGAAUGUGAAGUCUCUGACCCUCCGUCACUGUUAUGGACUUAAAUAUCUCAGUGACGUGACAUUAGAGUCAGCUCCAACUGUUGCUUUUCCUAUGCUUGAGUUGUUGAACAUCGAUGGCCACGAUAGGCUGAAAGCAAUUUGUCACGGUGAACUUCCAAGCCGAUCAUUUGAAGAAUUAAGACAAUUAUUCUUAACGAACUUACCUGUAUUGACACAUUUGUGGAUAGCACCGAGGCAGUCUGAAUUUCUCAGAAACCUAAGACGUGUUAUAAUUAAAAGUUGUCAUAGCUUGGAAUCUCUCUUUCUAUUCUCAACCAUCAACAAUCUGGGCCAGCUUGAAGAGCUAGAUAUACAAGAUUGCCCAAAGAUUAAAGAGGUUGUUACGUUUCAAGGUUUGGAUGAAGCAUGUGACAUCAAAUUCCCAUUUUUGAUACGCUUGAAUCUGAGAAGACUACGAAGUCUUAUGGGAAUAAGUAAUGCAGUCCGUAGGAUUAAUUUUCAUGUAUUGAUCACCCUGAAGCUUGAACAACUACCAGAGCUUACCAGUCUUUUCCCAAAAAAUAUGGUUCUAGAAAGUAGCUCUAAUGCUGCCGAGCAAUAUUUAUUUGAUUCAAAGGUUAAUAUAUGUCCUCAAUUAAAAUUUUUGGUGGUGGAGGGAUGUGAUAACCUUUCAAUUGUUUUCUCAUCCGAAUUGGUGCAAAAAGUGCAAAAUCUGGAACAACUUGAAGUAAGGCAAUGUGGCAAGUUGAUAAAAUUAUUUGAAAUUGAAGGUCUGCACAUGAAAGAAAAGCAUGCCUCUGCAGUGAAAUUCUCUUCCUUAGAAAAAAUGGAGUUGACUGAUCUACCCAUGUUGGAAUACGUGUGGAAGGCACCUCCAAAGAUUCUGGCAUUUCAGAACCUAAAAUUGCUCCAAGUUGUGCGCUGUAGGAGUUUGAAGAAUGUUUUCCCCUUCUCCAUAGCUCAACUUCUAGGGAAACUGGAAUCCAUUUAUAUAAACGACUGCGAUGGGAUGGAAGAAGUUGUUGCCACAAAUGAGGGCCAUGGUCAAAAUGAUGCUGGAGAAACAUACGAGAAGAUUGUUUUUCGUCGAGCAUCUACUAUGCAUCUUGAUCGGUUACCUUGCGUUGAAACUUUUUGCUCUGUUCCUUGUACAGUUGAAUGGCCAUCACUGACAACUUUGGUGCUCUGCUGUCCAAGUAUGAAUGAAUUUGUCCCAGCAGUUCUAUCCAACAAUAUUUUCAAUGAAAAGGUUGAUUUUCCAGUCUUGGAGACCCUGGAACUUCGUGAAAUGAAGCACAGGGAACAUAUAUGGAGUAGCCAACUUCUACCCUACUCCUUCUGUCAGCUAAAACACCUAAACAUAUCUAAUUGUACCGCUCUAUUUCUUUUGCUUCCAUCCUAUAUGCAAAAUAGAUUGCAAAAUCUAGAGAAGUUGACAGUGAGUGAUUGUAAUUUGCUUCAAAGUGUUUUUGAACCAGCUGAGAGUAUGGAUUCAGAACCGAGCUUUCAGAAUCUUACAUCUAUUAAUAUUUCUGAAUGUAAUGGCUUGAGAAAUCUACUCUCUACUUCCAUGGCCACAGGGCUAGUGAAGCUUCAAAAUUUAUCUGUAAGAAAGUGCGGCGUGAUGGAAGAAAUAAUCACAAAAGCAGAAGAGGGUGAGAGUAAAGAAACAAAAGGUAAGACGGUGCUUCCUCUAUUAGUAACUUUGACACUCGAGAUCCUGCCAAAGCUCACAAGUUUCUCGCAAGGCAAAGCUACUUUUGAAUGGCCAUUCAUACAAUCAAUAGAAGUUAAUGGGUGCAGAAAAAUGAAGACUUUCUUUUUCCAAUUGAGCCCAACGAAGACUUCCAUUGUCCGAUUUGGUACUCCGCAAAGCGUAGAGAAUGUGAAAGCAAAUAUGCAUGAUGGUCACUUUUCGUGGCGGAAACGAUAGUAUUCUUCAAACUAGUAAAGGUCCAGAGAAAAUUCAGAUUCUGUUCCCGUGGUAAUGCUCUUUGAUUAGGGUCGCAUCUAUGAUGGGUUUUAAGCGGAUGGGAAUGCAGACCGUGGAAGCCAUUGCUCCGAGAUGAACUGUGCUAUCCUCUUCCUCUUCUUCUUACUGCUUAGGUUGCAAUGUUGAUAGUUGACAUGAUGAGCUGAUGGUUGCAUGGUUUGUUAUAAUUGGGUGUUAUAUCGAAAAAAGAAAAAAAAGUAAAAAUUAAAAAAUUAAAAAAAAAAA